UCAGCUUUUAUUUCACUUCCCUCGGCCAGUCGACACGAGUGGUUGCGCGGGACGCAACGCGAGACAGUCGAGAAACAUUUUAAUUAGUUUAUAAGAUAAGUAAAUUAACACAAAAUGAGGGAAAUAGUGCAUCUUCAGGCUGGCCAGUGCGGGAACCAGAUUGGAGCCAAAUUCUGGGAGAUAAUAUCUGAAGAGCACGGCAUCGACAAGACUGGCGCGUACCACGGCACUAGUGACUUGCAACUCGAACGCAUCUCCGUCUACUACAAUGAGGCCUCUGUUGCGACGGCCGAGAACGGCGGAAAGUAUGUACCCCGCGCGAUCCUUGUCGACCUCGAACCAGGCACCAUGGACGCGGUACGCUCCGGUGCUUACGGGCAACUCUUCCGGCCAGACAACUUCGUGUUCGGGCAGUCGGGUGCGGGUAACAACUGGGCCAAGGGUCACUACACCGAGGGAGCCGAACUAGUCGACGCCGUCCUUGAUGUAGUCCGUAAAGAGUGCGAAAACUGCGACUGUCUCCAAGGUUUUCAACUCACGCACUCUUUAGGCGGCGGUACAGGCUCCGGCAUGGGUACCCUCCUCAUUUCAAAAAUCAGAGAAGAGUACCCUGAUCGUAUUAUGAACACGUAUUCCGUCGUUCCUUCACCUAAAGUCUCCGACACUGUGGUAGAACCUUACAAUGCAGUGCUCUCUAUCCAUCAGCUAGUCGAAAAUACCGAUGAAACUUAUUGUAUUGACAACGAGGCUCUCUAUGACAUCUGCUAUAGAACACUCAAAGUUCCUAACCCGUCUUACCGCGAUCUCAACCACCUGGUAUCACUGACGAUGUCCGGAGUCACAACGUGCCUUAGGUUCCCUGGCCAAUUGAAUGCUGAUCUCCGUAAGCUAGCUGUGAAUAUGGUUCCGUUCCCGCGUCUUCACUUCUUUAUGCCGGGUUUCGCUCCGCUAACAUCCCGUGGUAGCCAGCAGUACAGAGCUUUGUCAGUUCCUGAGUUGACACAACAGAUGUUCGACGCUAAAAACAUGAUGGCGGCGUGCGACCCUCGCCACGGUCGCUACCUGACCGUCGCCGCAAUCUUCCGCGGUCGCAUGUCCAUGAAGGAAGUGGACGAGCAGAUGUUAUCUAUUCAGAACAAGAACAGUAGCUUCUUCGUUGAAUGGAUCCCGAACAAUGUAAAGACAGCGGUUUGCGAUAUUCCUCCUCAAGGUCUGAAGAUGUCGUCCACCUUUAUAGGUAAUACCACGGCGAUUCAGGAGCUGUUCAAACGCAUCUCAGAACAGUUCACCGCUAUGUUCAGGCGCAAGGCUUUCUUGCAUUGGUACACUGGCGAGGGCAUGGAUGAGAUGGAGUUCAGCGAGGCGGAGAGCAAUGUCAACGACCUGGUGUCGGAGUACCAGCAGUACCAGGAAGCUUCGGCUGAAGAGGAUACAGAAUUUGAUCAGGAGGAUAUGGAGGAGCUUCAAGAUGACCAGAACUAGACUGAUGGUUGUUUAAUAUAUACGUUCAUGAACCUUCAUAUUGUCUGAUAUAUAGAGAUUGGUAUGCCAGGGAAACGACCAGGCCGUUCACAUAACAAAAAAAUACAUAGAAAAAGUAUUUUUAAUCUCUACAAUCCAAUACACGAACAGCUAGUUGGAUAAUUGUUUCUAUGGAAAAUAUCAUUUCAAUUUGUAAUGCAAUGUAUCAGUUACUGAAUAAAAACAUAAUCUUAAUUGAAAUAUCAGAUUACGUCGAAGUUUCCUUUAUCGAAUAUUACUAAAGAUCGUUUUGCAUUAUAAGCAUGUCGAAGCCGUGUGAAGGUUUUUUAAGUGCAUGAAAGUCGUUUUUAAAAGUAUUAUGGUAAGAGCUGUAAGCUUUGCGCCUUUGCCGUAUUGCCGUAUUUCUAAACAGAAAAUCAUCGUUAACAUUCAAAUAUAUUAUUAUAUGAAGAGGCUGUAUGGCUACCUAAAUAAAUGGGAGACAACUCAUAAAAAAAAUUUUAGUAAAACUUGACAGCUCUUACGA